GCAAGCGAGUAAACUGGCUAGACAGGUUGAAGACUUUAUCAACCCUCACUUUUAUAAUGCAACGCGAGUGCGCGGCGCGAUGGCACGUCCAAUCUUGCAUGCGUUAAUCCGCAAUUUAGCAGGUCAUGGACCCUCGCUGCUCCCCCAGAAGGCUUGCCAAACAGCUACAAAUACUCAUAGACACUCCCACCUCUGUUUGGAGGCCCAGGUCGUUACCUCUUUCUAGCCCUUCUUCAUCGAGUGGUUUGGUGCCCCCGCACUCCCUUUUAGUCUUUCGCUCCUAAACACUCGCUUGCCGGCUUCACCUUGUUGCCGCGCUCCUUGUCCAAGAUGGUUCGGGGCUCUUAUUUGCUGCCGCUGCUCACGAGCGUGCUUAGCAUCUUCUCAGUUGAGGCCAGAAUAGCGGGAGAGACAAGACAUCUUCCUGGGUCUUACAUCGUGGAGUUUGAAGAUUCCCAGGACUCGGCGGAAUUCUUUAGCCACAUUGGCUCAAAGGCGAAGACGCGCAUGAAUCUGGAUUAUAAGUUAUUCAGAGGCGUAUCUAUCCAAUUCCACGAUUUGAAGACAGCUGAGGAAGAAGCGGGAAAGCUUGAAUUGCUUCCUAGCGUUAAGCAGGUAUGGCCAAAUAGGGUAUACUCGUUACCCAAGGAUGAAAUCGUCUGGACGGGACGAAGCGGCGGGGCAGACUAUAUGAAGAACGUUAAGAGGCAGCUUGGAAAUGACACCUUCACACCACACGUGAUGACCCAGGUGGAUAAGCUUCGGGCAAAGGGGAUCACCGGAAAGGGAGUCAAGAUUGGUAUCAUUGAUUCAGGCGUUGAUUAUACUCACCCCGCAUUGGGUGGCUGCUUUGGUGGUCCCGACUGUUUAUUCACCUUUGGUACUGACAUCGUUGGUGAUGACUACAAUGGUGACAACAUACCAGUACCUGACGACGACCCAUACGAUGGUUGCGGUGGCCACGGCACGCACGUCUCGGGAAUUAUCGCGGCUCAGGCCAACGAGCUGGGUUUUACUGGCGCUGCCCCCGAUGUCACCCUUGGCAUGUUCAGGGUUUUCGGUUGUACUGGUGGUGCUGGCAAUGACGUCUUGAUUGAUGCCUACAUGAAAGCGUUCGAGGCCGGAUCAAACAUCAUCACAGCGUCAAUCGGUGGUUCCUCUGGCUGGAGCGAAGACCCUUGGUCUGUCGCCGUAUCUCGAAUCGUCGAAGCCGGUGUUCCUUGCACAGUCUCAGCCGGUAAUGAUGGAGCGGUUGGUCUAUUUUAUGCCAGCACAGCUUCCAACGGCAAGAAAGUUACAUCGAUCGCUUCAAUCGACAACGAGGUCACACCUUUACUUCUCACAGACUCGAACUUUACUGUAGAUGGCGGCGAGCAAAAGCAAUUUGGCUACGCUCUCGGAGAACCAGGAGAAUGGGCCAACGUCAAUCUUCCGCUGUGGACUCCCUCCUUCGAUAUCACAGAGGCUGAUCAGGGCUGCACGGCAUUACCAGAAGAUACUCCUGACUUGUCAGGUUACAUCGUGCUGAUCCGUCGCGGAACUUGUACCUUUGUCCAGAAGGCAACCAACGCGGCGCAGUUCGGAGCGAAAUACGUUCUUUUCUACAACAAUGUUCAAGUUGGGGCAGUAGGUCCUGCUACUUCCGAGGUUACCCGCGUCCAGGGAACUGGCAUGGUGACAGCUGAUCAAGGUGAAUCGUGGGUUGCUUCGCUGAAGAACGGAUCCGAGAUUCUUCUUAACAUGCUUGACCCCUCUACCGCACCUGUUAGUUUGACCUACCAGAGCAACACUAUCACUGGUGGAUUCGCAAGUUCUUAUACGUCCUGGAACCCGACUUUCGAGUUGGAUGUCAAGCCACAGCUCGCUUCUCCUGGCGGUAAUAUUCUAUCGACGUUCCCGAUUCCUCUGGGUACUUAUGCCGUCUUGUCCGGCACUUCGAUGGCGUGUCCCUUGGUCGCCGCCAUCUAUGCUCUCGUCUCAAACGUCCGCGGCACUCUCGACCCCGCUACCCUUGAAAAUAUAUUAUCGGCGACGUCGAAUCCGCAGUUCUUGAACGACGGAACCGAAACUUAUCCAUCGCUUGCGCCUGUUGUGCAGCUCGGUUCUGGCAUAGUUCAAGCCUACGAUGCUGCUUACGCGACCACUUUGCUGAGCAAGUCCAGCCUCGCCUUCAAUGACACGGAUAACUUCGUCGACACGCUGAACUUCACUAUUAAGAACUUGGGUUCUGAAGAAGUCACUUACGAAUUAGGUAGCGUAGGUGCUGCAACUGGAUACACCUUCUCUGACUCCAUAUACCCGGAUCCUUUCCCGGGUCUAGAGUUAACAGACGAAUAUGCCACUAUCGCGCUUAGCGAGUCUAAAGUGACCGUUCCAGGCGGGGAAGAAGUUGUCGUUUCUGUUACGGUUACUCCACCUGCGCUUAAUGCUACCCGCUUACCUGUCUAUUCUGGCUAUAUUACCCUGAACGGCACUAAUGGCGAUAGCCUGUCUCUGCCGUACAACGGAGUCGUUGGUAGCCUACACAGCACGAGAGUCCUAGAUGUCGGUUACCUCUCGAUCUCAACAGACGAAGAGCUAGACCCCAUCACAGCUAACGCUUCAUUCGUGCUGCCGAAAUCCAACAGCACUGCCGCCAACGCCACAUACCCCGUUGCUGUAGCGCUGCUCGCAUUCGGAUCACCCCAAAUCAACGUCAAAGUUGUUUCGGUAAAUGCUACUGCUUACGCGGGUGCAGAUGUUGGUAGCCACAUUUUCGGUUCACCGCUCCGCUACGCUUCUCGUGAUCCCUUCGCUUUGAGUUGGGACGGAAGGCUUGCGGACGGCACAUGGGCACCGGCAGGCGCGUACAAAUUGCGUUUCGAAGCGCUGCACAUCUUCGGUGACGCUGCCGAUCCGGCCAAGUAUGAUAUUGAUGAGUCUGUAGAAUUCUCUAUCCGGUUUAUUUGAAGACGUGAUAUCUGUAUAUUAGAGAAGAAAAGGAAUAGCGAGCAUUUUAUCCACUGUCAUAAAUACCUAGGGUUACUCCUCAGU